CUAAAAAUGAAGAACAGGCUAAUAGAAGUAGAGGGCAACUGGAAACCAUUGUUCACAGUUAUGCUUGCAAAAUACUAUGUUCUUGCAUAUUCUUGAGAUGUCACGGGUCACACCCAUGCCUGACAAGAAACAUAAGUGUUUUAUUCCAUGCCAACUCUUCUUCCUGUUCAUUUGCCUCAACCGAGCAUCCUUCACCAUUGCUAAUGACCAGUUUGUCUACUCCGGCUUCGCCCAAGCUAACCUCAGCCUUGAUGGAGCUGCCACAAUCACACCAGAUGGACUCCUUGAACUAACAAAUGGCACCUUUAACCUCAAAGGCCAUGCUCUAUACCCAACUCCUCUACACUUCCGCACGUCGCCUAGUGGUUAUGUACAAUCUUUUUCUAUCAGCUUCGUCUUCAGCAUCCUCUCCGCCUACCCUGACAAGAGUGCUGAUGGCAUGGCCUUCUUCGUCACCAGAAACAAGAAUUUCUCCAGUGCGUUGCCAGCCCAGUACUUGGGGCUCCUCAACAACCAGAACAACGGUAAAGCAAGCAACCAUAUAUUUGCGGUGGAGCUUGACACCAAUCAAAAUAGUGAGUUCCAGGACAUCAAUGGCAACCAUGUUGGUAUCAACAUAAAUAGUCUCCACUCUGUGCAAUCCCAUGAUGCUGGCUUCUUUGAUGACAAAACUGGUACGUUCAAGAACUUGAGCCUCAUUAGCCGUGAGAUGAUGCAGGUGUGGGUAGAGUAUGACGGAGGAGCUACAAAGGUCGAUGUAACUUUGGCUCCCAUCAAAAUGGCCAAGCCUGCAAGACCAUUACUGUCAACCAUUUAUGAUCUCUCAACAGUUUUCACAGACACGGCAUACAUUGGCUUCUCGUCCGCAACUGGAGUCAUCAACUCAAGAUACUACAUACUUGGCUGGAGCUUCAGCAUGGGAAAGACUGCUCCUGGGAUUGACACAACCAAGCUGCGACAGUUACCUCAUGUUGGCCCAAAGCCUCACUCAAAGGUCUUAAAGAUUGUCCUGCCAAUAGUCGUUGCAGCAUUCAUCCUUAUUGCUGGAAUUAUCAUCAUUUUAUUUGCUCAAAGGAAAUUGGCAUAUACCGAGCUACAAGAAGACUGGGAGAUCGAGUUUGGGCCACAUCGAUUCCCGUAUAAGGAUUUGUUCAUAGGCACACAAGGAUUUAAUAAUAAGAACAUACUCGGAGCAGGAGGAUUUGGAAAGGUGUAUAAAGGCAUACUUCCUGCAUCUCAAUUGGAGGUUGCGGUGAAGAAAUUGUCACAUGAUUCAAAGCAGGGAACAAAGGAAUUCAUUACUGAGAUUGUUAGCAUGGGCCGCCUUCGUCACCGCAACCUCGUGCAGUUACUUGGCUAUUGCAGGGGAAAAGGUGAACUCCUUUUGGUCUAUGAUUACAUGCCAAAUGGUAGUCUUGACAAGUACCUGUACUGUGAACAAGAAAUGCCCUUACUAGAUUGGGCUAUGCGGUUUCAUAUCAUCAAAGGAGUUGCAUGUGGCCUGCUCUACCUCCAUGAGAAGUGGGAUAAAGCUAUCAUCCACAGAGAUAUCAAAGCAAGCAAUGUGCUUCUCGAUAGCGAAUUAAAUGGGCGACUAGGAGAUUUUGGCCUUGCAAAAUCGUAUGAUCAUGGUACUGACCCACAUACCACACGUGUGGUCGGUACCAUGGGUUACCUUGCCCCAGAACUGUUACGCACAGGCAAGCUGUCUCCUCUUACGGAUGUUUUUGCCUUUGGCAUAUUCCUUCUUGAGGUCACCUGCGGGCAAAGGCCUGUCAAGCAGAACGCAAAUGGCGAUCGAGUUAUGUUGGUUGACUUGGUACUUGAGAAUUGGCAGAAAGGAACAAUGGUGGAUAUGAUAGACCAGAGGCUCCAAGGCAAGUGCAAAACAGAUGAGGCAUGCCUGGUCCUGAAGCUUGGUCUAUUGUGCUCACAACCCUUUGCUAGCACAAGGCCUAGCAUGCAUCAAGUCAUGCAAUACCUCAACGGAGACAUGCCAUUACCAGAGUUCGCACCAACCGAUAUGAGCUUCAGCAUGCAAGCCUUGAUGGAAAACAGGGGAUUCAACCCUUCUAGCGUGUCAAAUCCACAGCUCAUGACAAGCAUUGCUACAUUGUCAGGCCUCUCGGGUGGGAGAUAAAAAAAUAUUCCUAGCCCUUAGCACUGUUAUGGGUGUUUUAUUGUAUAUUUUUCAUGGGACCUUUAGCUAUA